GGCGAAGAAAUCCCUUCCACCCCACCCUCCGGCCGGCUCUGUGCUCCUUUCCGCCACUCAGACUGGUUGCUGGGUCCCGGAGUGCCUCGCCUUCCCGUUUCCUCCUUCUCGCGCGCACUUCCAUCCCAUGCGGGCGGCGGUGAGGAAGGAGUCUCUGGUGGCUGCAGCGGCAGCAACAGCAGCAGUCCAGACCCAGGCGGGCAGCACCGGCGGUGGCUCCCCUUUUCUUCGGCAUGUCCCGCUGUUGGCGCCUCUUUCGCUGAAUCCGGCUGGGCGGCGAUUUUGCCGCCGCCGCUGCUGCCACCGAAGAAUCCGUCACUCCGGGAGGCACUCAUGAGUGCGGCGGAGACCACUUUCCGCGCCUCUACGCAGCUCCGCGCUCUCUUUCGGAUGGAGCCGACCCCGCCUGUCUCCUCAGAGCAGCUGUUGGGAGCCUCAGAGUUCCUCAAAGACCGACUAUAUUUUGCUACUUUACGGAACAGACCCAAAAGCACGGUAAACACACACUAUUUCUGUACGGAUGAGGAACUUGUUUAUGAAAAUUUUUAUGCAGAUUUUGGACCUUUAAACUUGGCUCUGGUGUAUCGAUUAUGCUGUAAACUAAACAAGAAAUUAAAGUCAUUCAGUCUAUCAAGAAAAAAAAUAGUGUAUUAUACGAGCUUUGACCAGCGGAAACGAGCAAAUGCAGCAUUUUUGAUGGGUGCAUAUGCAGUGAUCUACCUGAAGAAAACACCAGAAGAAGCUUACAGAAUACUUUUAUCUGGAUCUAAUCCACCAUAUCUUCCAUUUAGGGAUGCCUCAUUUGGAAACUGUACAUAUAAUCUAACUAUUCUGGAUUGUCUACAAGGAAUAAAAAAGGCCUUACAGUAUGGAUUUGUUGACUUCAAGACAUUUGAUGCAGAUGAGUAUGAGCACUAUGAGCGAGUUGAAAAUGGUGACUUCAACUGGAUUGUCCCUAGAAAAUUUUUAGCAUUUAGUGGACCACAUCCAAAGACCAAGAUUGAAAACGGCUACCCUCUCCAUGCACCCGAAGCCUAUUUCCCAUAUUUCAGGAAGCACAACAUAACAACAAUCAUAAGACUCAACAAAAAAAUUUAUGAGGCAAAGCGUUUCACAGACGGUGGAUUUGAGCACUACGACCUGUUCUUCAUAGAUGGAAGCACACCGAGUGACGGGAUACUGCAACAGUUCUUGAACAUCUGUGAGGAAGCAGAAGGUGCCAUAGCUGUGCAUUGUAAAGCUGGGCUAGGAAGAACAGGAACACUGAUAGCGUGUUAUAUAAUGAAACACUAUAGAUUCACACAUUCUGAAGCCAUUGCCUGGAUACGAAUGUGCCGGCCAGGUUCUAUUAUUGGACCCCAGCAACAUUUUCUUGAAGAAAAACAGUCAAUGUUGUGGCUCCAAGGAGACCUCUUCAGAUCCAAACAGAAGCCAAGAGGAAUAGAUGAAGAUAGCAUGAGCAGAGUUCUGUGUGGCUUGGAUGAUAUUUCCAUCAGUGGGACUUGGAGUAAAAUAGAAAGUAAUUUGGAUAAAUAUGUAGAGAAUGAAUUGGAAGACAAUGUAGAACAGGAAACCAAGAAUGGUAUGACACAGGGAGACAAACUUCGUGCCUUAAAACUUCGGAGGCAGCCACGUUCAGCUACAACAGGAGCUCUUAGGGUUGAAGAUACGAAACUGCACACCAGAUCCAGAUCCCAGCCUUUCAGAUUAAAUACUGCAGCUAUCUCUCAGGGGUCCAUAUCUCCUUUGAAGUCCUCCAAAGUGACGGUAGCUACAUCACCUGCAGCAAAGAGAAUAAGCAGACACCCUCAGUCCUCAAGCCCAAAUUUUAAAAGCAUUUCCAUAAACUCCAGGCUAGCCAGUUCUCUAGGGAACCUGUAUGCUGCUUCAGAUGAUGCCGAGAGCAAACUGACAUCAUCGUCCUCUAGGACAGGUUAUUCUGUAAAUCAAAUCUCCAGUCAUUUGAAUGGCAGUUCACAGCUGCCUGUCAGAAAUUACCAUGAGCAGAACAACAACCUGUACAACAGGAGCGGCAGUAAUGCUACCAACCUCAACAGCUAUGCCAAUUCUCCCAGCAUCCUGACAGACGAGUACAGCACCUACAGAUCCUUUACGGGGCUCGCUGCUUCUCCAGCAAGAUACCUGAGUCGUUCAAUUCCUUCCCUUCAAUCUGAAUAUGUUCAGUACUAAAGCCUUGUUGCUUCGGUGAAAUCUGGACAACCCUUAAAAAUCAGUUCUCUUCAAGGAGGAGCAAUGUUGAGGGGAAAACAACCUGCCCAAGGGGACAAGACCUCUUCAUACAUGAUUAGAGCUAAAGACACUAAAAUCUCUGAAUACCCAGAGACCUCAGUUAGUGGCUACUACAAAUGCACUGGAGUUAAAACUUCUGAAUAGUACAGUUUUGUGUACAAGAGCAAGAUUUUAAAAUUGAGAAUAUUUCUAAUGAAUUUUAGCAAUAUAUUUGUAAUUAUGGUUCUGAAUAACAGUGUUAUGUGUGUGUGUGUAUAUAUAUAUAUUGAGUAAACUAUUUUGUUUAUAUAUGUCUAUAAAUUGUGUAAAAAGUAGGCUAUAUUUUGAUUUAAGCUUCCCUUUUUUAUCCCCAAAAUGUCUAUUUUUAAAUAUACUGUUUUACAUUUCAAACAUUAGCCAGGAUCCAGAGAAGGCCAUGGGUGCAGACCACUUUUUGCACACACAUGGAGGAGAGGGAUUUGCUAAUAGAUGGCAGCCCUUCUCACCUCAUGGGGUUUUCACAUCCCAGAGGGCCCUUCAACUUUCAUAGGGUGCAACGAGGUGCUGCUAGAAGAGGGGAACUGAAAAGUCUGUGUGCGUAUUUGGAAGCAACCCAUGCAUGCCCCUUGAUCCUGGCCAUUAAGAAGAGAGCUGCUUGCUUGUUUUAUUUUAUGCAUCUAUCACUGUGGCUUCAGUUUAAAUAUUUUUAAUUAGUGGGGAACAAGUUACUAUCAACCUCAUUGUUUUAAUUUUGAAUGCUAAUGUUUAAAAUGAACAUUUUCAAAAGGAUAUUGAAUGUCUAUGAAGUAGGCCUAUUCUAGCAUCCUGAAUUAGUGUCUUUUCCGUGGAAAGGGAAAGUAAUUUUAAAUAAAUAAGUUGUUAUCAUAUUCAGCCCAAUAAUCUGUUCUACAACGCUGUUCUGUUCUUAGACUUUUAUGUUUCUGUAUUUUCCUUUCUGUAUAACUCAUCAGUUCUACAAACUAUACUGUAUCAGAAUGUAAAGCCAGGAUUAAAUAUUUGGCUAUCUGUAGUAAGGAAAGAGUUUUGUGCAUCGCAUGCGCUCUCUGAAUUUAUAAGAGUUGCACUUCUUUUGAUCUUGAUUUGAUUGACCUUUCACUGCUAGUUGCAAAGAUUUUGUUACCGCAAAUUUAGAUAUGGAGGCAGGAGUUGCACAUUUUCACUAUGGAUUGCGGACGGACUGUUAAUCUCUAUAGUGUACUCUUUUCCUUACACAUUCAGCCAUGCUGUCCUACUUACUAUACCGGUAAAUGCUGUUGCUAUUGUCUCAUGCCAUUGAACUAUUUCAAACAAUGCUUUUGUGACUCUUCACUAGAACCCUUCAAAAAAAGUUUUGAAAUAGCUGCACUUCUGAUACUCACCUCUGUCUGAGGUAGUGUCAUUCAGAAUGCAAUAACUGCAAAAGUGAAGUGAUAACAUGCAUUUCACUUCUAAUUUAUAUUAUGCUAAGAAGAAAUUGCACUCAUUAACCAUGUUCAGAUGAUCAUAUCUUGGCUUAAUAGGCCACACGCAGCCCCUUUGCUUGUCUCAGCAGUGCAAGCAAUCAAACUCAGAAAUAUCUAACCAUAAUUUCCUACUUCAUUCAAAUCGGAAAAACUGUGUGUAAUAGCUUCAGAAGAUGUCACGGUAUUAAAUUAACAGUUUGAAGUUAGUUUAAUAUCUUUUCCUAUUCCAAAGCUGGUAACCAUGGUUUCCCAGUUCUCUUAUUUAAAACAAGACAUAAGUACUGGGAAUGUGUUUUUAUUUUUUAUUGGGUUCGUAUUGAGGAAAGAUAACUAUUAAUGAGUUUUUUAAAAAUAUUAUUUUGAAGAGAAAUUGCCCUAAUUAUGAUGGAUAAAUUUGAUUGCAGCUGUUUCAAUCAGUGAAUUCAAUCUUUUCAUUAUAUGUACAUAAAAUAUACUGUGUAUGAGUGAGUGAUAGGCAAAUUCUAAGGUAAUUCUACCUCUAUAAAGUUUGACAUGUAUUUUGUUACUACCUUAGUUACAAGAAAAGUGUACUAUUUUUAAAAAGUAGAAAU